UACGGUGCGCGGAGGUGGAGCGAUUUUCUGAGAACACAAUCACAUAGAUAUCAACUGUGCCACGUUAUUUUUUCGUGAAAUUACAAGAUGGUUUCAAUUCAUCGGCUGAAAGCGAUUCCUGUCCCUAAAAGAAAAUCAUUUAUAGUGUACGACAUUAUUAAUUUUGUCGAAGUCAUAUUACACUUGUGCAGGGAGAGCAAAAUGGCUGGUGUAAUUGCUGGCCUCUUGAUCUUAGUUGGCUUUCUUGCAACGGCAUCAUCUGUCAACUGUUAUGUCGGAGGAGGAUGGACUGACGCUCAUGCCACUUUCUAUGGAGGCAGUGAUGCUUCGGGGACCAUGGGUGGAGCGUGUGGGUAUGGAGACCUGUACAGUCAAGGUUACGGAGCAAACACCGCCGCCCUAAGCACUGCCUUGUUCAAUGAUGGGCUGAGUUGCGGGUCAUGCUACGAGAUCCAGUGUGUGAAUGACCAGAAAUGGUGCAACCCGGGAUCGAUCGUGGUAACUGCCACCAAUUUCUGCCCACCGAACAAUGCUCUCCCUAACAAUGCAGGCGGCUGGUGCAACCCUCCCUUGCAACACUUCGAUCUCUCUCAGCCUGUCUUCCAGCAUAUUGCCCAGUUCAGAGCUGGAAUUGUACCCAUUGCUUACCGAAGGGUACCCUGCAAGAGAAAGGGAGGCAUAAGGUUCAAUAUCAAUGGCCACUCCUACUUCAACCUUGUCCUCAUCACGAAUGUCGGCGGGGCAGGCGACAUCCAUGCAGUGUCUGUCCAAGCAGGGUCGAGAAGCGGAUGGAAGCCGAUGUCCAGGAACUGGGGCCAGAACUGGCAGAGUAACGCUUACCUUAACGGACAGAGCCUCUCAUUCAAAAUCACAACGAGCGACGGGCAGAGCGUGGUAUCCUACAAUGUCGCCCCUGCUAGCUGGUCCUUCGGUCAGACAUUCACCGGAGCACAGUUCCCCUAAAGAGGGAACGCCAACUAGAUAUAUAGAUAGUCCUCGGCAUUGAUUGAACUAUAUGGGGGGUAUGUCUCAGCAGCAGUACCCAUGUAUAUAUGCCUGCAAUAGUUCAUUAUUAUUAUUAUUUUUAAUAAUAAGGGAGACAAAGGAUACAAGGAUAAAAAAAUAAAUCGAAAUAAAUGAGGACAUAAGUCUAGUAUUAAGAUAAACCUAUAAAUUCCACUAGUAAAAAUCGAACUCAUAACCCUCUUGAUUCCAAGUCAACGCUUUGUACCACUAUACUAAAAUCUCUUCAUCAUA